UUUAUUACAUGUAAGUUCUUCUAUUUAAUUCAAAUUUAUUUAAACUUUAAACAUAUCAUAUACCGUUAGUCUAUCUCUACAAUGAUCAUUUCCAAAAAAAAACAUUCAAAACCAUUCAAAUAGUUAAGGGUUGUUGCAUCGUGUAAAAAAUUCUAAUGUUAUAUUAUUAUUGUUAUAAAAAGUUUUUCGUUUGCAUGAUUAACUUUUAAAGAUUCUUUAUUAACAACAUAACAACAUAAAAAUAAAAGUUUCUAUUUGAAAAUCAUAGAAACGAUAGGAUAAGUUUAAUGAUUUUAUGUACAUUUAAUUUUAAAAUAUACAACAAUUUCAACUAAAAAAAAUAAUUAAACUCUACUAUUACAGCUCUGAGACUAAUCAUCCUGCAACAGACACUGUGGAUGAGGGCGCAGCCUUUAUUUGUUCAAAAAAAACCUUCGACGAUAGCAUAAUGGAUGAGAAGUCAGUUUUAUUACUUUUAAGAACACGUAAUACAAAUGAAUUCGACAUUACAAAAAAUGUGUUCCAACGUAAGAGUAAAAAAAUUGAUGCCUACAAUAAAACGAUCCAAGUGGAUUUUUUUCAAUUCAAAGAUCGAAUCUUUAAAGUGGUUAAUGUUCCUGAAUAUGAAGCAAACGAUAAAACACAUUAUCUUCAAAUGUUGAAUAAUUCUAUCUGUCUAAGCCCAGAAGGGUACAGCGCCUUUAUAAUUGUUUUUACGGCAAAAGAAUACAAAGAAGCCAAUCGUAUUAUUUACAUGCUAGUUGAUGCAUUUGGAAAAGAUGUACUCAAUUACUUAAUUGUAUUUUUAUUAGAAGACAAGGAAAGAACCUUUUAUCGAAAAGAAAUUAAACAAAUACAAAAUCUAUGCGAUGGAAGGUGUUUUGUGUAUGACUCCAAUUCAGAUGUGUUCAGUGAAAUAUAUACUUUUGUUCUUAACAUAAAUUAUUUGUACGUGAAUGAUUCUUUUAAAAUGCGAUUCGAGAAAUCACAAUCAUACAAUGAUAUUUUGCUUGAAAUCGUUAUCCAAGACAUUUGCUUAUUGUUUCAAAGCACUGAAAGCGUCAAAAAAAGAGAAAAAAGAAAAGAAUGUUUACUUCAAAACUGGAAUAAUCUGAAUAUUAAAAUGGAUCUUUCAACAAGCAGGUUUGAAGAUAUACAAUACCUUAUCCAUUUUUGUGUAACAAAAAUACGUGAAACCGGGAUUGCAGAAAACAAUAGAGAAAAACUAUCCGAAGAUUUUGAGAAAUGUUUGCUAUCUGUAAAAUAUGACCAUAUAAAACAAUCAAUAUCUGAGAGGACAAAAUUUCUAGGCAACAUUUUCAAUUUGGAGGAAAUUUAUUUAACAUGUGUAACAGCUAACGAAUAAGAUUAUCUUUUAUAUAGAAACUAUUAUUAUAUUACCUAUUAUUUUUAAGCAGACACAUUAUUUAAUAAUUUAAUAAUUUAAAUUCCUUUUAUAACAGCAUCUUGGAAACUAAUUAAUUGGGGAUAAACGUUAUAUAUUUACAAAUUUACAAUGUUUAAUUAAAAAAAUAUACCAAUCUGAAGAACAACAUACAGGUUUUUGUGUAAAAGAAAUAAGUGGUGCUGAGAGUACUUACAAAAAUAGCCAGACAUUAUCCGAAGAUUUUGAGAAAUGUUUUGAAACUUUAAAGUAUGACAAUAUUAAAAAGUAAAUUUUUUAAGAGGACACAAUCUGUAGGCAGUAUUUUGAAUUUGGAUUAUAUUUCUCAUGUACACCAUUAACAUAAGGCGUAUUAUUACUAUACUUAAGGUUUUAGAUAUAUUUUAAUUAGUAUAUAGGUUGUUGAUACAUUACCUAAUUAAAAAAAAAUCGAUCCAGGUUUUGAUAAUCAUUAUCGUCUUCAUA